UCGAUCUACACCACAAACAAAUCACCACCCACACCGAGACACUCUAGCCAUAUUCAAUCGCAUACGCUCAACUCUCUCUGCAACAUACAGAAUUUCUUCGCCUGGCCAAAACCCUUUGGUUGAGGUUGAGAAAAAGAAAAGAAGAGUCAUCAUCGCACAGCAGCUCGCUCUCGGGCCAAGUUCCCUAUCAAAAGCCGACCACCAACCACCGACCCCGGCGAUCAAGCUUCUUGCAUUACCUGGUACAAUCACGUACCAUUGCCCUCCUGCGGAACCACAUUUUUUGUGCUUCUGCCAUGCUUUCAACCAUUCCAACUGGUGAGCGCCCGAAGACCACCACCUGUGAGUAUUCCCAUCUCUCCACCUUUGCCACCGCAAUCACAAAAAAACUCGUCAAGAAACACCGACAGCUAACAAGUGAUUCCCGGAUCAGUCAAAUACGGCGGCCAAACACAGCAUUCGGAGAUUGCGAAAGUUGCAAUAUCCAAAGCCAUCCUCAGCACUCAUUCUUUGGCCCUGACGAGAAUGCCGACCCACCCUCCAACAUCCACCUCUUUUACCACUCCAACUUCCACUCCCCCUCCUCUUGCUCUCGAGGAAAAUGAAGAGUCAAAAUUCAAGAAACCUCUUCCCUUUGCUCCUCUUCCAAAACCCGCAAUUGCCGACAAUCACCUUGCGCCUCCCCGAUCUGUAAGCCACGCCUUGAGUGCAGUCGGAAUGAUCAGUUCAGGUCUCCAGAAUGGUGUAGGACACCCUUUGAGUGAUACUCCUAUGCCUAGUGCACCAUCUACUGCACCUAGCAGCCCACGAAUGUAAGUUAAUAUUGUGAUUUUGCCUUGUCAAUCUGCAGACUUUCCAACCCCUUUCACCCGCCCCUCUUAGCUACCCCUCAAUUCCACGUCCCAAAAUAAGUAUGAUAUUAACUUGCAAUAGUUACCCAGUUCGACAAAAUUCGGGAACAGUAACUCCCCGCGUACGACCCCCGGCCACCACUCUCAAUAUCCCCGGCCUUACGAGAUCUCGAGUAUCACCCGAUGGCAAGAUUGCACAACGAGAUGUAGGCGCAAAGUUGGUAGUCAUUAUGGUUGGACUUCCAGCUCGGGGAAAGUCGUAUAUUACCAAGAAGAUCCAGCGAUAUCUUUCCUGGCAACAACACGAAACCAAGAUUUUCAAUGUUGGAAACCGUAGACGUGUUGCAGCAGGUGCUCAGGGACCGAAUGGCACACCAGCAAGCUCUCCACCUGGCUCACCAGAAAGAGUUGCUUCGAGCGCUUCCAUCACAGCUAUCAUGGAUGCACCCACACAAGCUGCCCAUAUCCUUCUCAAUGGACUUGAUCCAAAACAAGAAUACAAUAACUUGAUGAAGCUUCCUAGUGCAGAGGGAAUGGACCAAUCUGCUCAGUUCUUCGAUCCCAAAAACAAGAAGGCUGCUCAAUUGCGUGAGGAAGUGGCCCUGGCAACCCUGGACGAAGUUUUGGAUUUCCUUCUCAAUAAGGGUGGAUCCGUUGGUAUUUUGGAUGCGACCAAUAGCACACUUGAGCGUCGUCAAGUUCUGUUUGACCGUGUCAAGCAGCGAGAGCCUAAGCUUGGAAUUCUCUUCAUCGAGAGUGUUUGUGAGGAUCAAAAGGUAAGCACGAAUUCCGCAUUCAUUAUUUCUUCAUUGCUAAUUUUUCAUAGCUUCUGGAAGCCAAUAUGCGCCUUAAGCUUGGCGGUCCCGACUACAAGGACAAGGAUCCCGAAAGCUCACUCGCAGAUUUCAAGAAGCGUGUGGCAGCUUACGAAAGUGCAUAUGUUCCUCUCGGUCAAUACGAAGAGGAUCGAAAUAUGCAGUACAUCAAGAUGAUUGACGUCGGAAGAAAAGUGAUUCAUCACCAACUUUCAGGUUUCUUGACUAGUGGAAUCGCAUCUUACUUGUCGACUUUUAAUCUUUCUCCAAGACAGAUUUGGAUUACUCGUCACGGCCAGUCAAUGGAUAACUAUUGUGGCAAAUUGGGUGGUGAUUCGUCUCUUACAAUUGAAGGACGCAACUACGGAACCGUUCUCUACAAUUUCAUCAGCAAGAAGAAGAAGGAAUGGGAGGUUGAUCAAAAGAACCGUAUCAUUGCUGCAAAUGAGACCGAGUAUCCAAAACCAGGAGAUCGAACUCCUCCUUAUCCCGAGUUGCUCGGCGAAUUGGAUUCCAAGAACUUUUGUGUCUGGACCUCAAUGUUGAAGCGAAGCAUCGAAACCGCACAGGAUUUUGAGGAUGACGAGCAAUACGAUGUCAAGAAUUGGGAGAUGCUCAAUGAGAUCCAUGCUGGUAAAUUUGAGGGCAUGACUUAUGAGUCCAUCCGAGCUCAAUUUCCCGACGAGUACGCCAAGCGAGCAAAGGAUAAGCUCAACUACAUCUAUCCCGGAGUUGGCGGCGAAGGCUACCUCCAAGUCAUCAGCAGACUUCGGGAUAUGGUCAGAGAGUUGGAACGAAUCAAGGACCAUGUUCUUAUUGUUGGACACCGUUCUGUUGCACGCGUUCUCAUGGCCUACUUCAUGGACCUUUCCCGAGACGACAUUGCAGACCUAGAUGUUCCACUUGGUCUUCUUUUCUCCAUCGAACCAAAGCCUUAUGGUAUUGAUUUCCAUGCUUAUCGAUACAACGAGGAGGAGUUCUGGUUUGAUGAGUUGAUUGACUACAAGCCUCAAAAGGAGGUAGUCAAAGGCAACUAAAUUUCGGCUGGCUUCGAUAUAUUCUUUUCUCCGGCAGACACUCCACUCACCCCUUCUUCGGAUUUUGCUGGCCACCAAAAUCACACAACUUCAUAUUCAAUGAAGCAUUUUCAAAGCUUCAUUUUUACCAUAUACCUGCAGUGUACGACUACGAACGGUUCCUGCUCACUCAUCUCACGAAUAUAUCAAAAUAAAUACUUCAGUUACUACAUCACGAUGAUGGUAUAACUUUUUCCAAAGAUUUCAUGCCGAUCGGCAAAAAUACACUUCGUUUUGAGCUCUUCACGACACAUACAAAGUUUCAUUCCCCGGGACCGCAAUACCCAACAAACCGUUUUUUCGAUCGAUUUUCUCGGACCUUGCACACCUUGGCCGCUAAUACAAUCGAUGAUUGAUGUUGGGGAGCGAGUCGGACUUACAAAACUUGUCAUAUCUCGUACUGAGAAGAAUCCGGCUGGUGUGUUUUUGUUUAUCUUUUUCUUUCCUUUUCUUUUCUUCACAUGGGAACAAGGGCGGCUGGGCGGCGUUUUGUUAUGAGGGUUGGUGCUUUUGUCAUUUUUUGUAGGAGUUUGGGAUGGACACAACGACACAUUUGCAUAGCGAGGGUGGGGCUGGUUGCAUUUGAAUCUAUGGUGUCUACUGAACUUUGAACCACUUUAUUUUCUGUACCGAGUUACGUGUUUUUUUUUUGCUCUCUGAGGGCGGGUGGCGUACGAUUGGGAGGUGGCAGGGGUUUUCGGCAUAGGUUUGGGAAUAUGGAUCUGUUUUUGGCGUUUUUCUUAAAUUUGGGAGGGAAGGGGUAUUCGAUUUGUGAUACAGGAGGCAGGCUGAAUACGGAGUGUGCGGAUACCCUGAUGAUGCACUUUUUCCAGGAUGGGAAUAUUUGUGAUGGCUGAGCACAAGAAGCAAGCGACGGGAGCGAUGCAUACUGGUAGCAGGAAUUGGAGCGCUAUGAGAUGAAUGAAUGGAUGGACGAUGGAUGGAUGUAGUAUAGGAGAAAGCGCUUGUUACUACUUACUCAUUCUCGACAACUGAGAUUAUUGGGUCAAUGUAACCAGCGAUUAUGAAAUACAACUUUAU